ACCACAAACUAUACCGCGCCACCGGGUUUACAAACAAGUGCCAAGUUGUUACGCCACUACUUCCUCUGUGAUUUUAGUUUAUUAUUAUAGACACUGUUAAUUAUUGUUAGACUUUUCCGAGUGACAAUAAGUAAUGUUACGGCUGCGAUGAAACUUUCUGCGGAGUGAGAGCGAGUGUUGUGGAUGGACGUGGAGGUGCGCGCAGUCCCGCGGGAGGCAGUGUUUACAGGCGCGCACGUGGUCGCGCCGCUCGCCGCGCCGACAUGCCGCCAAAAACUUUGUUCGCAAACAUGAGCGCAGUCUGAGCCGCGAGGAUCGCGCCGCCCGCGACCAUGACUUUAACCUGUAGCGCCUGAGCCAGCCCAUACUACAUGUACGUCGACACUACCAGUGCCGUUUUUUUAUUAUUUUUUUUUCGUUGGAGGAGACGGUGCUCUCCUUUGGAUUGAUGAUUUAAAUGGCUAACAGCAACGCUGUUUCGUCGACUUUACCGUCGAGGGACUAUCAUUGUAAGAUUUGCGAUCUCUACUUGGACACUGUCGAUUCGUUAGAGGUGCAUCUGCAAUAUCACAAAGAGAACUUGUACGUGAAGUGGGGUACGCAAAACUCACAGAAUGAUACCGACAACAAUAACGGUGCGAAAGUGAAGAUCGAGACGACGGUGUCGGCGCCGGCCGACUCGAGCGACAACAUGAUCACCAAGCCCAGCCCCGAGUUCCAGCAGCGGGCCACGCCGGAGACGUCAGCGCAGUUCCCGCACCCCGCCACCCCGCAGAGCUACCACAGCGCGCCCUCGCCCUACCAGAACCCCGACCAGACCAACUUCUCGCCGGGGCCGCAGUUCGGUAAUAACUAUUCUCAUUCUGGCUUCCCGCAAAACCAGCACUCCGAGCAGAUCAACUGGGACCAGUCCCAAUACAACCAAGAGUACCACAAACCGAACCGGUUCCACCCGUACAACAUGCAGGAGCGAGUGUCGCAGGUAUCCUCCUCGAGCCCGCUGUACGGACAGCCGCUCAACCAGCCGACGCCUUCCCCGUCACCCAACCAGUGCGACAAGUGUGGCUUCGUGUGCGACUCCGCCGUCCAACUCAAUGAGCACUGCAACUCCGCUCACGCGAGCACAGCGCCCACGUCAGCGUCCAUGCCAUUCCAACAAUACCCCGGGAAGCAGUACAAUAACUCCGGCUACCAGAAUGAAAAUGCUAAGGUAAAGGAAGAGCAUGAAGAGUCAUCAGAUAUAUUAGAUUUGGAUUCACAAAAAGUAGUUUAUCAAGGAAAUGAGGGCGACCAGCCGACAACGCCGUUUGAAGACACGCCGACACAAGGGCGAGAAGUUAACACGCGGACUGUACCCAUGAUGCCCUGGGAGACACAAAAACUAUACAGUAAUCCCCAGCUUAACGGAGAUGUUUCUUUAUUCAAAGAACAAAAGAUGUUUGCUGAACAAAAGGCGUAUCAAACGGAAGCUAAAAUGUUUCACCCCGAACAAAAGUUUGCCUAUACACAAGACAAGUUCCUCGGUGUACACCAUGAUCAAAAACCUUUCAUGCACGUCGAACAAAAAAUAUACCCAGGCGUACAGAUGCCUCCUUUGAGUGAUUACUCCGGGCCGGUAGCAUCAUCCAACCCUGACAUGAAACCACCAUACCGGCCCUACGACUCGCAGGCGGCGCCACAGAUAACAAGUACGCAACCUGCUAACCCUACUUCAUCAACACUUCCUACUAUCGGAGGUAAAGGCGCUAAUUGGAAAUCAAAUGAAGCGCGACGACCGAAGACGUACAACUGUACCGCCUGCAAUAAAUGGUUCACUAGUUCGGGCCAUCUAAAGAGGCAUUACAACACGACGCUGCACAAGAACGCGGUGCGGUCGUCGGGGCAGCCCGACCCGGCCACGCUGCCCAUCUCCAACCACCACCACCCGAGCCGCGAGAUGUCGCGCGCGCAGCAGCAGGCAGCCGACUCCAACACGCAGAGCCCCGUGCCGCCCGAGGACGCGCGCGCCGUCGACGACUCGUCGCUGCAGUCACCCUACGCGCCGCAGAGCUUCGAGCGCUCGCACCGCGUCGCCACCAUGCAGGCCAAGUCGCCGUACUCGCAUCUUCAACAGGGUAACUUAGAUAAUAAUUUCAGUAAUAAUCCUUUAGCUAAUCACCCUUUACAGCACCAGGUCGGCUCGCAUCCGCUCAAUAUAGGUAGUCAACCGCCGGGCAUAGGGAACCCGAACGAUAGUAAUCAUCAGUCAUCUAAAGGUGUAGCAAUAUCAACGGCAGGGAAUCCCCCAAACGGGGAAGCAGGUCCCUCUGUUUCUCAAAAUCACCAUAUGAGGGGCCUGCUAUCAGUGUCAACCAGCAAUAUUACAACUCCAGUCCUAACGCAGAGUACGCCCGCGCUUACGGCCCACACUCUGCCUCCGUUCAGUCAUUUGGGUGUCAACCCGUACAGCCCGAGGUCUACGGAUCCUUUGGGGCCUUCGGUUCCGGACCCCACGCACACCCCUUUAUAUUUGGGUCAGAAUUUUCAGCAGACUAUAGCACCGAACUACCCAAACGGGAUGGCCCCCCACGUUAUGGAUAUGGCUAUCAACAAUCUGCCUAUAGCCAAUCCGGCUACUUUUGGUGAAUCGCCUGAAGAAGUCGAUGUUAUGGAACAGGACGCGUCCAGCGAGCCGGCCGGCGGCCGUCUGCCGAGCUUCUCGCAGCUCCAGACGCAGAGCUUCAGCGUUUAUGUUUCUAACUAUAUCACGCAGCCUAACGUGGGGGGUCAAGUUGUUUCUGAUGAGUCGACCGCCGGGUAUAUCAUCGUCGACCCGGUCCACUCGACUUUACAGUACGCCAAUACUGACAUGUGUGGACAAACUAUAGACUACGAUUAUAACUUUUCGCCGAGAAAAGUAAAGGACGAGGACGUGAUCGAUUACGAUUCCGAACAUGCCAAAGUUUAUCCUUACGGUUACGCCGUAGAGGGAAAAACUAUAAAACGCGAAGUCGACAUGUUACAAACUGACUCGGGUGAACUUCAAAUACUGAAGAUAGAGGAUAUCAUGGACUACGCGAAUAAAGAAAACUACGGGACUCAGAUGAAGUCCCCGGCUAGUCCCGAGAGCGCGAAAGCUGAGAACGAGAGCCGCGGCUCGCCGGCCGUGUCGUCCACCGUGCCGAGCACGCCGCUCGCCGAGCGCAACCAGAUGAAGAAGUCUGCCGCCACCACCGUGCACAAGUGUUACGAGUGCGAUAAACUUUUUAACAAAGGCUGCUAUCUCACGCAGCACAAUAAGACGUUCCACUCGGGCGCUAAACCAUUUAAGUGUAUACGGUGCGGCAAACGCUUCUCUGACGACGCUUCAUACGAGUGGCAUUGCGUCAAGCACUCCGACAAUAAACCGUUCAAGUGUAACGAGUGCCCGAAGUCUUUCAACCACAAGUCGGACUUGCGCCGGCACAUGUGUCUGCACUCUGACUGCAAGCCGUUCACUUGCGAUCACUGCGGCAAGGGCUUCAUACGGAAAGACCACAUGGUGAAGCACUUCGGCACGCACAAGAAGAAGAUCCGCACGUCGUCGUCACCGACGUCAUCCUCGUCGGUGUCGUCGACGUCAGCGUCACCGACGUCGAGCUCGCGCGCGCUGCACGUCGCGUACAACUGAACGCCGCGUACCGCCUAGUGUCGCACACACAUAUCAUUUCAUACCAGUAGACAGCUCGUCACACUUUGACUAGACUCAGUAGUGCGGUACCACUACUGCUCGCCACAGUAUCGGAGAGCGCUCGCGACGGUGUGACGGGCGGCGCGACUUCGGCGCACGCGUUCAGCUCGCAGUCAGUUUUUUGUUGUUCAUUGAAGCUAACCUUGCGUCCGGCGGCACAAGGUGACUUUACAUGGCUGGCUGUCUGGCCGCUAAACAUAUAAUUACAUGACGUUAGCGGUUAGAGUAAUUCUACGAUAUCAUUUAGAUCGAACCAUAUCAUUUUACAUAUUGAAUACUGAAACAAACGUAGAAGUAAUUAGAUAAAGUAAACGUCGUUUUAUUUGCGAAAUAUCAGCGCGACGUACAACCACAUAUCUUAUUUUAUUGUAAAAAAUUAUAACGUAUAAGCAGGUUUUUUUACUUUAGUUAAAAUUCUAUGUUUUCUUAUGAUUGUUGAAGUUUACGAACGAAAUGUGUAUUUUGAAAAGUAUUUAGAGUAUUUUUUUGUAAAUAUUGGGACACGAUUGCCAGACAUUUAUUUUAAGUAGGAACUGGAAAAUACAAAUAGUACGCCGGAGAUGAGAGUUAUGCUUUAAUUACGAUGGGUACAAAUUGACAUUUCAAACGGUUUAGAUGAAUUUUGCCAAAAUAUAGGGUUAAUGGCAAACUUUGUAUUGAGAUAGGUGGAGUAGAGUAGCGCACGCGACGCCCGCGUAGCUGUUAGCAUUUUGUUCUAGGUGUAAAUCUAUUGAUUGUAAUCAUUACACGUAUUGAUAUUUUCCCGGUGCUUCCUAUUAUUAUUUUGUCUGUUAACAUUUGUUUUAAUAUUGUAAGCUAGUUGACUUCUUUGUUUAAAAUUCUGAUAUUUUCCUAAAAUGAUUAAUAGUAAUUUAUGUCCAAUUAAGUUACCAAUACGUUAUUUGAACGAAUUUAGUUAUACAUUCCUGUUUCGUUAGUGGUAGGAAAGUAGUCUUCCUAAACGUUGCCAAAUUGUAACCGCCAACUCUCUGUUGCGAAACGAUUUAAUUUUUAAUAAUUUUUAGCCUAAUGAUAAUGAAAUUCUCUAGCAAUAAUUUAUCGUAAUAAUGUAAAUGUUUUUUGUAUAGUAUUAAAAUAAAAUGGUCACGUUUUAUUGUUUUAUGUACUGAACAAGUUAUAAGGGAAUCAUGAAUUAUUUGUAUAUAGUAUUGUGGAAAACGGUAAAAUCACAUUACGAAGGACAUAUCAAGGCCGUAACGCGCUUGUGCAGGCGUGUCAAUAUACUCGCGUCAAUGUCGAUAGAAUAAUGUUCAGCCGAGUGGCCGGGCGGCCGAGUGGCCGAGUGCGCUCCUAGCGCAGUACCACACGGACGCAUCGGGCAGUGCAUUGACACGCCGCGCGCGCAUAUCCUAGGUCACAAAUAUGCAAUGUCUACAGAUAUGCAUUUAUCACGAAACAAAAAUGUGCAAUAUGAACAUUAUAUCGACUUAAUUUUUGAUAAUGUUUGUAUUUGAAUGUUGAUUAUAUUGCAGAAAUAUUUUUAUACACAUAGAAUUACACAAACAACGUUGAUCUACCUCAUCAGCGCGUUAUAAACUAGCGACAAUCCGAGACACAAUUAUAAUUGUUUAGCGCAAACCAGUCACCAUACUGUGGACUACUCGGACCGAUAUGGCCUACCUCUUAAGAAAAUGUUUAACUUUAAUGAAUUUGUAAGACUAGUGCGACUGUCGCUCCACACCUCAGCCGAUGCCUGGGCUCGCUCAUACACUUGCCACUUACAGACAUGAGACGAUCCCAGGCAUUAUAUAUCACAGUAAUAUUUCCAUUUAUACAACAUUUCUGAUAAAUUAUAUUAUGAGCUGUUUGUGAAGUAAUACAUAAAAGUGUUAUAUUGUUGAGAAUAUUGUAUAACAGUUUUCCUAUAGCAAUAAUAAUGUGUGAAACAAUAUACGAAACUGAACUACCUCAAGUAACGAGUAAUAGGGUAAUAGGUACGUGAGAGCGGGACACGGGCGCCGGCGCAUCUAUAUACCUCAUCUUGCCUUCCAUGUUACGUUUAGAGUGAAUCGUUAUACAGCACGCCGCCGCGACUCCCGCGCCCCGCCCUCGCCCUAUAUAUACAUAUAUAAUAUUAUAUAUAUAUUAGAAGGCAUGUAUGUCUCCCUCAUACUGUUUAAAAGCACAUACUAGUAGUAUCAUUAGAUAUUAACUUAUGUAAAUAUACAAUAACGAUAAAUUUGUUAUUUAUCAUAUUCUAUUAUCGUACUCAUCGAUAGACUUAUUUUUAAAUAAGUUUAACGUAGCGAUUUCAAGUUUAUAACAUUAGUAUUAAGGACGAUAAACUAUAAGAUUUUUGUGAUGAAUAUUUGUGUAUAAUGUAUUAAUUUAAUAAUCAGUUACCAGAUGAUUUCUGUUACAUUGAGUCGAGUAAAAUCGGAAGAUUUAAAUACGAUA